AUGGCCUGGCAAACACCACUGGUAAACACAAUUCGUUCCCAAAUGGCAGCAACCAAUCCAACAGUAACCGUUCCAGCAACAACCAAUCCAGUAGGACCUCCUCCGGGCUUUGCAACUUAUGAUCCAAGAGACAGAACUGAUCCUCUCCAUCUUCACCCCAAUGAGAGUCCUUCACUACAGCUUGUGACUGCUCAGUUGGAAGGUAGAUCCAAUUACCAUCCAUGGGCAAGGGCCAUGGAAAUGGCAUUGAGGUCGAAGAACAAGAUGGGCUUAGUUGAUGGAACCCUAGCAAUUCCCAGUAAAUCAGAUCCCAGAUAUUUCUACUGGGAUCAAUGCAACAAUAUGGUCUUAUCAUGGAUUCUUAGAGCUGUUUCUCCCACCAUUGGACGGAGUGUGCCGUGGAUCAACACUGCUGAGGGUGUAUCGAAGGAUUUGAAAAAGCGUUUUAGCCAACAAGAUGUCUUUCGUAUUGCAGAAAUCCAAUCUGAAAUCUAUAGAACAAAGCAAGGUACAUCCUCUGUGAAUGACUAUUUCACACAAUUAAAGUUGUUGUGGGAUGAAUUAUUUGUGUUAAGGCCAGUACCCUCCUAUGAAUGCUCAUCAAGAUGUGAAUGUGGUAAUAAGAUUUCUGAGAAAAUCAGGGCACAAUUAGAGAAUGACAUGCUAUCAUCUUUUCUCAUUGGCCUAAAUGAUAACUUUGGCAACACUAAGAGGCAGAUUAUGUUGAUGAAACCAUUGCCUGAUGUUGGAGAAGCAUUCUCUAUGGUUUCCCAACAAGAAAGGAAGAUCACUGUGGAAUCUAGUAUUCUGGAUGAAAAUCUAACAGGGGCAGGGGUCUUCUUCACAAAAUAUGAAGGCAAGAAGUCUUAUCCAAAUCAGAAACAGAAACCAGUGUGCAGCUUCUGUGGAUACACUGGUCACACCAUCGAGAAAUGCUACAAAAAGCAUGGGUAUCCUCCCAGUUGGAAGCCAAGAAACAAGGGAAUGGGAGCUGUUAAUCAGGUCCAAUCCAAUCUGCAAGAACCUGGCAAAUCAGAGACUGAUCAGUCUCUUUUUAACCAAGAAGACUAUAAGAGGUUCUUGGAAUUCAAGAAGCAAAGUGAAGCCAUCAGCUCUCCUCUCCAAACUGCUCCUCAAGUUAAUGCCAUAGCUGCCAACUUUAUUCCAAAUGCUGCAGUAGAAGGUAAAACUAUCAACUAUAACAAUGAGCUGAGAAAUUCAGAAUCCAUAUGGAUCCUGGACAGUGGUGCCACACACCACAUUGUAUGCAAGUUAAGUCUACUGAAAAAUCCCAAGGAAGUUCAAGGAAUACAUGUUGACUUACCAAAUGGACACCAAGCUCAAGUUUCCCACAUUGGGACUGUUCAACUGUCAACAGACUUAGUUCUAUUCAAUGUUCUGUGUGAUCAACUCCAAGGGAAUAUGAUUGGCAUAGCUGAGUUGAAGAAAGGGCUCUAUCAGCUUACUCUCCCAGAUUUCCUCUUUUGUAAACCUGCUUACAGUCAAGAUGAUCAGAGUGAUGAAACCAACUUGGAAACUGAUCUUGUCCUACCUUCACAAUUGAUAAGUGGCUUAGAUAAUGAUGAUCAAGUGCAAGAAAUCACCACUGAUCCAAGAGAUCAUCAUCAAGCUCAAGGAGAUACUGAUGGAUAG